CUGUUGCCCCGCCUUCUACUUCUCAAACCCCGUUCUUUCUGUGGAAAACACGGAGGAACAUUGCAUGCUCGAGUCACCCAUCGCGUGCUGUUAGGGGAGUUUACCACAGUUUGUUUUGCCGACUGAGAAACGUGAUCGGUAAACAGUUUUGCCAGAAUAUACCGUGACCCCAAUUCCGUGGCCAGGGAUUCCAGAUUAGCGUUCUGUUCCAUAUCAAUUUCGCAAGAGGACAGCUGACAAAAAGACAAUUCUGCCAGGAUAGGUGGAGCCAGAAACGCUCUUUUUUUAUGUUUUCCGUCAUAAUGGAGGAGACGGUGAUGUAGGCUUACCUGAGGCUUAGACGAAACCGUGGCCAGAGUAAUGUGAAAUAUUUCACAAAAUAUCAAAUGAACAAACACUGUUUAAUCAUAUAAAGGAAAAUUUGUUAAUUACAGUGCAGGUGCGAAAAAAGCAUCCAUUUUUCUCAGACAUGAAAUUAAUUUUUUUGACACUGCUGGUUAUUAUUGGAAUUACGGAUUCAAGAUCAGAGCAGUAUGUAGUCGUGGGACCUGCAGAUCCAGUAAUUGCUUUAGCUGGUGAAGAUGUGAUUCUGCCCUGUUCAGUUAAACCCAGCAUCAGUGUUGUGGACAUGAGAGUGGAGUGGUCUAGAUCUGAUCGGAACGACUCAGAACUAGUGCAUCUCUAUGAGGAUCAUGACGACAGAAACACAAAUCAGAGUCAGUCCUACAGAGGGAGAACAAAACUGAAUCAUGAAGAAUUACAGAGAGGAGAUGCAUCACUAAAACUCUCAUCUGUCCAAGUCUCUGAUGAAGGACGUUACAAGUGUUUAAUUCAGUCCGAAUCAUGGUCUGAUAAUGCUACUGUUGAUGUCAGUGUUGAAGCUGUAGGACGUCCUCCUGUGAUCAUUGUAGAUGGAUUUGAUCAAUCAGGAGGGCUUCUUCUACAAUGUGCAUCUGAAGGUUGGUAUCCUGUACCUGUUCUUGAGUGGCUGAACAGUGAAGGAGUCCGUUUGAGUUCAGAAACUGAAGAGACACACAGAAAUGAAGAUGGAUUCGGUGUGAAACACACUGUCACUGUAUAUGAGAGAGACAGCAAGAUUCACUGCAGAAUCAAACUAAAGCAUCAUAUGCUUGAGACACUGAUUAUCGCCACAAGUAAUAUGUUUAAUCUCUGGACGACAUCAGUCAUCCUGAUUUCAGUAGCCGUUGUGCUCAGUGUGAAUGCUGGAAUACUGAUAGCUGUGUUUACUAAGAAUAACAGAAAAUUUGAUCAACGUUUACAAAAUCAGAAGAUGAUAAUAUUACAAGAGAUCACGCAUUUAAGAACACACGCAGUGAAUGUGAUUCUGGAUGCUGAUACGGCUCAUCCACAUCUCUUCGUGUCUCUUGAUAGGAAACAAGUGAGUUAUAGAGAGACACUACUGGAAAUAGUGAAUGGAAAAAGAUUUAAUGAUUAUCUUGGUGUUCUUGGGAAGGAUGGAUUUUCCUCGGGGUGUUUUUACUAUGAGGUUCAGGUAAAGGGGCAAACUGAGUGGGAUUUAGGAGUGGCCAGAGCAUCUGUUAACAGGAUUGGCUUGACCGUUGUGAGUCCUAUGAUUGGAUAUUGGACUGUGAGUCUGAGAGAUGGAGAGUGCUGGGCUCGUAAGUCUCCACAUGUCUCUCUUCCUCUGAGUGUGAAUCCUCAGAGGGUCGGUGUGUUUGUGGAUUAUGAGAAGGGUCUUGUCUCUUUUUAUGAUGUGGAGGCUAUGUCUUUUAUGUAUUCUUUCACUAAUCAGUGUUUUGAUGAGAAACUCUAUCCAUUUGUUAGUUUGGGGUAUCUGAGGAAUGAAAACUCUACACCACUGAUUAUCUGUGAUGAUUACUUCUGAGAUCAAAGUUUGCAUGUUGAAGUAAAUGAAAUCAAAGGAAAUACAAUAAUUGAAAGAGUUAUAGCAAUACAUAUUAAAUAUUAUUUAGACUACAUGUUAAGAAUUUGAACAUUUGGAUAAUAAUUUAAAGCAUCAUAUGGAGCUUAUAAUACGGUGUUUUUUUCCCUGUUUUUGUUAUCAUUUGUUAUCACGUGUGUAUAUGAUUUUUUUUUUAUAAAAUAAUAGCGCCUGGGCCAUGUGAUACAUUUUCACUCAUAUCUCAGUCCAUUUUUUUCAAAAAAAAAAAAAAUGAUUUCAGCGGCCAAUUCAUUAGCUGAAAUAAUGGGAGGGACUUUUCAUUGUGUGGGUUGUCGGGAGAAAAUCAACCUGUAUUAUUUUAUUUAUGACUGUUAUAAACUGUCAUAUGAACUCUUGAUUGCUUUAUUAAUAUCAUAUCAUGUAUCAUAUCAACAACUGAAUAGGGAAGUCAUGUCACAACUGAGAAAUACAUUUACCUUAACAAGAAUUUGUUUAGCAUUAGUGAUAAAGGACAUAAGUUUUUUUUUUUUUUUUUUUUAAAGGAUGAUGUUGUUGUUUUUACAAAUAUAAAACAAAGUAAAUGCUGUA